AACCCAUGAAGCUAGCAGCCAGCUAGACAACUGUUAGCUACAGAUAAAUAAGACAAAGAAACCUUGUUAAGGGACUGAAUGAAAGAGUUCAAAGUGACGGAUGGUGAGACGAGCGACUGUAACACAAAGCUGUGUGCUUUAUUAGACAUAUAUAUGGGAGUAUUAAAUGUAAAAGUGUUUUCAGGCCGUAAGUGAGUGGAACCUCUGAGCCGGUGAUGUCCCGGGUUCCUACCCCUCCUCCUCCUGGGGAGAUGUCAAGUGGACCUGUGGCAGAGAGCUGGUGUUACACACAGGUCAAAGUUGUGAAGUUUUCCUACAUGUGGACCAUAAACAACUUUAGUUUCUGCAGAGAAGAAAUGGGAGAGGUUCUGAAGAGCUCCACCUUCUCCUCUGGUCCUAAUGACAAAAUGAAAUGGUGUCUGCGAGUUAAUCCAAAGGGACUUGACGAUGAAAGCAAAGAUUAUCUGUCACUGUACUUACUACUUGUUAGCUGUCCAAAAAGUGAAGUCCGAGCAAAGUUCAAAUUUUCUUUGCUGAACGCUAAAAGAGAAGAAACGAAAGCAAUGGAAAGCCAAAGAGCAUAUAGGUUUGUCCAAGGCAAAGACUGGGGCUUCAAAAAGUUUAUUAGGAGAGACUUCCUCCUCGAUGAAGCAAACGGCCUUUUACCAGACGACAAGCUCACCCUGUUCUGUGAGGUGAGCGUUGUCCAGGACUCCAUCAACAUCUCGGGCCAGUCCAACAUGAACAUGCUGAAGGUGCCGGAGUGUCAGCUGUCGGACGACCUAGGGAACCUGUGGGAGUGUUCACGCUUCACGGACUGCAGCCUCUACGUGGGAGGGAAGGAGUUCAAGGCCCACAAAUCCAUCCUCGCAGCAAGAUCACCGGUGUUCAAUGCAAUGUUUGAACAUGAAAUGGAAGAAAGUAAAAAGAAUCGUGUAGACAUCAGUGAUGUGGAUCCAGAUGUGUUUAGGGAAAUGAUGGGCUUCAUUUAUACAGGGAAGGCUCCAAACCUGGAGAAGAUGGCCGACAAUUUGCUGGCAGCUGCAGAUAAGUACGCUCUGGAGCGUUUAAAGGUCAUGUGUGAAGAGGCCUUGUGCAACAGCCUUUCAGUAGAGAAUGUGGCCGACACCCUCAUCCUGGCCGACCUGCACAGCGCCGAGCAGCUCAAAGCACAAGCCAUAGAUUUUAUCAACAGGUGCAGUGUCCUGAGACAGCUGGGCUGUAAAGAUGGAAAGAACUGGAAUAGCAAUCACGCCACAGACAUAAUGGAGACCGCGGGCUGGAAGUCGAUGAUCCAGUCGCACCCGCACUUGGUGGCCGAGGCGUUCCGCGCGCUGGCCUCGGCCCAGUGCCCGCCCUUCGGCCUGCCCCGCAAGCGUCUAAAACAGUCCUGACUGCCCCGCGUUGCCCCAGGACUUUACUUGACGUGUCAAGCAUGGGUUUACAAAGGAAGGACAAGUUCAGGCGCCGCUCCCACCCCCACCAAAACUCCACACACUUGAACGAGGCGGAGCAGAGCGGAGCUUUACUGGCCACAGAGGACGGAGAUGGGAGGCUUGCAUGUGGAAGGAAGGCUGACAUCAAUGGAGUUGGAAAUAAAUUAAUUCAAUUGGUGUUGCUUGCUUUGCUGUCUCAGCCCGGGUAGCAAGCCAAGUUCUCUGCUACAGUUGUUUUGUUUUUUUUUUUCUUUUAAUUUUAAUUUUAUUUUAUUUCUUCUUUUCCUGUAAUUUUCAAAAUGGCCUUAAUACGUCUGCCAUUGCUCUGGAUGUGCUCUAGAGUACUCGUCUCUUUUACUCUGUGCCUGCCUGUCACCCAGACCGGGCCUCCUCCAGGUUGCACUAGUUCCCGUGUAUAGUCAUUUUGAUAUGGAGUUCUAUAGGAACGUAACAAAGGUUUAACUAAAAUGGGAAAUAUUAUAUAUUUGUAAUGUUUAGCCCAUUUUGUGACUAGACAUUAAAAAGCAUGAACACACUCAGUGCAAGGUCAGUUCUUUACACUUUUUAAAAGAUGUGUAUGCCCCAUAUUGAUGGCACCAUUUCUAUGUAAAUGACAGUUAAAACCAUCUCUAGAAGACCAAUGUACAAGAAAGUCUGUUCUAUUUCAUACUCGUGUGGGGAAAAACCGUAAUCUGAUGAAAAGACCAAUGUCAAUCCAUGUAAAACACAAGUGUUUAUACUUUGGCCCAAAUAUGUUAAAACGUUUCAAGUAUAUGGAAGUAUGUACUCAGUCUCCUAUUAAAUUACAUAUUUAAUUUAAUAGGAUUUAAUAUUCUAGAUAAUAUAUCUCUGAACCGUUGGAGAUUUAAAUUUUAAAAUUUGUUUCUUUUAGUAUUGCCAGUUUGCAAAUAUACAGUAUAUUCUCAGCAUAUUGUGGUUAACUCAAACUGGGGAGACUAAUGCAUGGUCAUUAUUGUCUAAAGAAAAGUGUCCAGGUACCAAUUUUGUCUUUUAAACUGUAUUUUCUGCAAUUAUGACAUUUGUUUUGGCAGAAUUACAUGAAUUGAGUUUGUACAAAAGUUUCCUCUGCGAUGCUUGGAUAGCUGUAGGAUGCUGAGCAUCCAUCCUCCUCCCGGCGACGUUCUUCUGUGUUCGAAUGGAUGGGUCAUGUUUAUUCCGUGUGUCUCGUAUGUAAUGUGGUGUGACAGACACGUAGAGGAUUUUGUAAAUUAAGAGUAGCAACAUUUUUACAUGAUGUUACUCGUACAGCGUCAAGUUUAGAUGUUGAAACUUUGUAAGUUAAAAAAAAAAAAGAUGAAGCUGUCUGCAAGAAAACCUGCAUUAACCCAUUAAAACAUUUUCCAGCAGUCCAAA